CAAUUAUCCUGAACACAGAUCGCGUGACAUGUUGCUGGGAAACAAUGGAAAAUCAGCCGUUAUUACUGUUGGAAAUAUUCAAAAUAUGCGAAGCUCAAUGUCACCGCAAGCCGGUCAAGAAUGCCGAUUAGAGCGGAUUGAAAAUUGGAAAAGGCCACGAGCCGCCAGCUGCUCCACCAAUAAAAUAUCAGAGUCAUUCUCCUAAAGUCCUUAAAAAAAUUAAACCUCCAGAAAACCUUUCACAGCUAGAUGGAGCCGAAACAACCAAAAACUCUUAAGUGAUUUUCCAGAAACUUAUGAACGUUUCUAUGCGAAACACCCACAAUCAUCAAUAUUGAGUAAUGGAGUCUCCAUGGCUACAAGUCACAACACAACAGUGGAUCCACAGUUAGCUUCCAUUAGUUGAGUGAAUGGAAUCUAAUGGACAGAUGGUUGACUGAAGGUAAACUGUGGCUGUUCGGUAACCAAGUGCAGUUGUUAUCCAAAAGAUCGAAACCCUCAUCCAAAGUAAUGGAACGAUACGAGAAAAUCAGCAAAAUCGGAGAAGGCAGCUACGGGGUGGUUUACAAAUGCAAGAACCGAGAUACUGGCGAAAUAGUGGCGAUCAAAAAGUUCACCGAAAGCGAAGAAGACCCCCUGAUCCGCAAAAUCGCUCUUCGGGAAAUUCGCCUGCUGAAGAACCUGAAACAUCCCAACUUGGUGAACCUGCUGGAGGUUUUCCGGCGCAAACGGCGCCUGCAUCUCGUCCUGGAGUACUGCGAGCGCACCGUCUUGAACGAGCUGGAGAAGCACCCCAGGGGGGUACCGGAGCUGCUCACCAAGCAGAUCAUCUGGCAAACCAUCCAGGGAGUUUCGUAUUGCCAUCAGCACGGCUGCAUCCACAGGGACAUCAAGCCGGAGAACAUCCUGCUAACUGCUGCAGGCGUUGUGAAGCUGUGCGACUUUGGGUUCGCCAGGAUGUUGAAUCCUGGUGAGAACUACACAGAUUAUGUGGCCACUAGAUGGUACCGUUCUCCUGAGCUCCUGGUGGGGGACACCCAAUAUGGCACCCCUGUAGACAUAUGGGCAAUAGGUUGCGUGAUGGCCGAAUUGAUCAAAGGCGAAGCGAUUUGGCCGGGAAAGUCCGAUGUAGAUCAGCUCUACCUGAUCAGAUGUUCUGUUGGGGACCUCCUGCCUAGACACAUGCAGGCGUUUAAAAGCAACGACUUUUUCCAAGGCGUCAUUUUGCCGCAGCCGCAGCAGCUGAUGCCUUUGGAAGCGAAGCUGCCCAUGUGCAGCUCGACCAUCAUCGACUUUCUAAAGAAAUGCCUGGACAAAGACCCGGCGAAACGGUGGACAUGCACCGAGCUAAUGAAUCACUCCUACUUUGAGAACUUCAGCUUUAAAGUCGAUGAGGAGAGCGACGCUUCAAAGGAGGACAAACUGCCCAGAAAUCGAUCGCGGAAUUCCAGCAAUGGAGGAGGCUCAAUGUCGCUGCCUCAGCUGCCUCUCAACAGCAAAUCGAUCAGUCCGGGCGCUCAACAGUCCAACGGCAAGUCCAAGCUGGACCAUCUGCCGACGAUUUGACAAAAAUUCAACUUCUUCAAGUAGUUGACCGCGAUUUUCGACAGACGAUUGUAAAUAAUCCAUUCAACGUGAGUGGUUGUAUAUUUUUGUAAUCCAACUACAGGCACUUUUUACUUAAGCACAACCACUUUUACAAACACCAACCGUGUCUAUUAGUUGUUUGAUCUAGGCUAGUUUGGUCUAGGCCUGGGUAACUCAGUGACCUUUUAGGAGUUGGCGCAACAACAACUCAAUAGCGCCACUCAACCCAGUGUUACUCAGGCCUAGUUUGAUUGACCCAACCAGUAGGAAAGUCCUCAGUGUUUCACUGAUUUGAAACACUCUGGUUUCAAUUGCAGUUUGAUGUGGUUUUCAAAUGGUUCUCAAUAAACAAAAUUAACAAAAA